CACAGUCACGUGACUCUCCGAGUCUCUUCCGGCAGCUAAAGCUGCUGCAGCAUGUACAGUUGUGGGGCGCUCCGCCGGGGUUGGGGGCACUGUGCCCCCAGCCCCAUCCUCUUCUUCAGUCUGCUUCUGUCUGCCGCCCCAUUUGGCCUGCUGGGGGAGGAAACCCGUCAGGUAUCUCUGGAGGUACCGACCUGGCCUGAUGUUCCCCAGAACCUGCUACAUAUCCGAGCAGUAGGCACCAACUCCACCCUGCACUAUGUGUGGAGCACCCUGGGGCCUCCGACAGUGGUGCUGGUGGCCACCAACACCCCCCACAGUGUCCUCAGCAUCAAUUGGACCCGUCUGCUAUCUCCUGAACCAGAUGGGGGCCUGAUGAUUCUCCCCAAAGACAGCAUCCAGUUUUCUUCUGCCCUCAUCUUCACCAGGCUGCUUGAGUUUGACAGUGCCACAUCAGAUGCUGCAGCAAAGCCCCCUGGAAAACCAUAUCCUCCGUACUCCUUGGCCGAGUUCUCAUGGAACAACAUCACUGACUCAUUGUAUCCUGCCACUCUGAGCGCCACCUUUCAGGGCCACCCUAAAGGUGACCCAACAGGGGCUUUUGCCAAUGGCAGCCUGGCCUUCAGGGUUCAGGCCUUUGCUAGAUCCGGCCGACCUGAUCAGCCUCCUCGCCUCCUACACACAGCAGACACCUGCCAGCUAGAAGUGGCCCUGGUUGGGGCCUCUCCCCGAGGAAAUCACUCCCUGUUUGGGAUAGAGGUGGCUACCGUGGGGCAGAGCCCUGACUGCCCCAUGAUUCAAGAGCAGCAUUCCAUCGAUGAUGAAUAUGCACCCACUGUCUUCCAGCUGUACCAGUUGCUGUGGGGCUCCCUCCCAUCUGGCUUUGCACAGUGGCGACCCGUGGCUUUCUCCCAGGAGAAGGCAGGCCGUGAAUCAGCUCUGUCCUGCCAGGCUUUCCCUCUUCAUCCCACCGUAGCACACUCUCUUCCCCAGUCACCUGUUGUCCAAGCCUUUUUUGGGCUCCAGGAAAAGUACUGUACCUUCAACCUGACAUUUGGGGCUUCCACAGGCCCUGGCUACUGGGACCAACACUACCUUAGCUGGUCAAUGCUUCUGGGUGUGGGCCUCCCUCCGGUGGAUGCCUUGUCUCCACUCAUCCUGGGAAUCAUGACAGUGGCCCUGGGCAUUCCAGGACUCAUGUUGCUGGGGGCAGGCUUAACCCUGAUCCUGCGCUGCAAGCACGCCUCAGAGUACCAAUCCAUAAAUUGAGGUGCACUCUCUGCAGGGAAGGGCAUGAUUGGACCUGCCAUGCUGUGUCUUGAAUGUUGGAGCUUGGAAGAUCAAUAUUCCCACUGGUUGGCUCCUCCUUGCCCUUUUUCCUCACCCAUCUUGCUUUUCUUAAGAACCUCCCUCUGAGGUCCACCCUCAAUUUCCUGAGGACCCCCAGGUGGGGCUUCUUGCACACAUUGGGGAGGGGUAUGGGUUGUUGCUAAAAGAAGGUCCUUUUUGUGUUCCCUUCAUGUAUUAUCAUUCCCUCCAAACCCUUUUCUAAGCUGGACCUGUAGUCCUAGCACUGAGGAGGCUGAGGCAGGAAGAUCACCAUGAGUUCAAGACCAGCCUGAACUACAUAGUGAGAUCCUGUCUCAAAGAGGGAAAAAAAAAAAAAAACCGUUUCCAUUGGGUGACAUUCAAAGGCCUGGAAGAAUGCCCAGCUGGCUGCCUCUUCCAGCAUGAAAUAGAAUUAUUUUUUUCACAAGG